UACUAUUGAUGUGAUAUCUUCAUGAAUUAUAUGAACAGUUCAAAAGGAGGCAGCUGCGAAGCCAAAGAAUCAUCAAACAGAGAUGAGGAUGGGAGCAGUUCCAAAGCGGCAGCAGGAGCAAGACAGGAUUCCACAAGGAGCAGGGAGAAUGGAAAGGCUGGAGAGUCAUGAGAUAGACAUGAGUGGACUUGAUAUGAUGUUGAUGCCUCCACCUCCACCUCCACCUCCACCACCACCUCCUCCCCCUCCCCCUCCACCACCACCUCCACCCGUAGAGAGUGUUAUUGUCAAGCCAGUUGCACCUGCUGAAGUGACUGCUAUGAAGCCUUCAACCAAAAGUCUUAAUCCUGCGACUUCUGUGAGGCAUUUUACUAUUGCAUCUCUUCAACAAUAUACAAACAGCUUUUCUCAGGAAAAUUUUAUAGGAGCUGGCAUGCUAGGAAGUGUUUAUAAGGCACAGCUUCCAGAUGGAAAGUUACUUGCUGUCAAGAAAUUGGACAAGAGAGCCUCUGAUCACCAGAAGGAUGAUGAAUUCAUUGAACUGGUAAACAAUAUAGAUAGAAUCCGACAUGCUAAUGUUGUUGGGCUCGUGGGUUACUGUGCAGAGCAUGGCCAGAGGCUUCUUAUUUAUGAGUAUUGCAGUAACAGUACACUGCAUGAUGUUCUGCACACAGAUGAUGACUUUAAAAGGAAAUUAUCAUGGAAUGCUCGCAUUAGGAUGGCACUUGGAGCUGCUAGGGCCUUAGAGUAUUUGCAUGAGGUCUGCGAGCCACCAGUUGUCCACAGAAACUUCAAGUCCGCGAAUGUUCUCCUUGAUGAUGAUCUUGGUGUGCGUGUCUCCGACUGUGGUUUGGCCUCAUUAAUAUCAUCAGGCUCUGUAAGUCAAUUGUCAGGGCAGCUCCUAUCAACUUAUGGUUAUGGCGCCCCCGAAUUUGACUCUGGAAUUUAUACUCAACAAAGCGAUGUUUACAGCUUUGGGGUGGUUAUGUUAGAGCUCUUGACGGGCCGGAAAUCCUAUGACAGGACAAGAAAUAGAGGGGAGAUACUUCUGGUGAGAUGGGCAAUUCCCCAACUUCAUGAUAUUGAUGCAUUGUCCAGAAUGGUUGAUCCUUGUCUCAACGGUGAAUAUCCAGCUAAAUCAUUAUCCCACUUUGCUGAUAUCAUUUCGCGAUGUGUUCAGUCUGAGCCAGAAUUCAGGCCUCCGAUGUCCGAAGUUGUUCAGGAUCUGUUGGACAUUAUUCGAAGAGAGCGCUAAAGCAAAUAGGUCAAUGGGGAUGAUUUACACAGAUGAGUAAAAACAGAUGAUUUCAGCUUCUAAAUCACAAUGGUUUAGAAAUCUGAUCUUCCUGGUGAACCCCACAAGAAAAAGACGCAUCUCUCCGAAAGGGUAGCGUUGCUAACAGACCAAGGAUCGACCAACCUUUCACGUCUUGGGCCCAAAUUCGAAGUCUGAAAAAUCAGCUAGAACCCUCGUAGCCUUUGAUAGAGGAUCAUUUGAUUCUUCAGAAAUCAAGGAUUACAGUCAUUCUAUUGUUCAGUUCAGCAAACUAUGCAGUGAUUUGUCUCUGCAACAAAAAUGUGCUAACCCAAUUAUUUCGUACUUCAAUAUUUGUUAUUCAUUCUUGGUAAGUGAAAAUCUUUCUAGUGUUGAAAAAUAUAACUUUAGAAAAUAUUUGCCUGCAGAUUUUGUGAUGCUUAUGUUUAUUAUGUACUAUAUGUUACUUGCACUUAUACCAAA